UUAAGUGGAGUUAAAGCAUUGAGCUUUCAAUCACAUUGGUUCUUCCAUUUUUCUACACCACUGCUCUUUCUAAUCUCAUUUCCCUCUAAGGCUCAAAUAAUGUCUCUCAAGUUCUUCAAACCUCUAUUUGAUUCUUGGUCGUGGCAUUUGGAUGGAGCCAAUAUUGAGCAAAAUGGUAUCUUUUUAUCCAAUAUUCUUGGAUUUGUAGCUUUACUAUGGUUUGUUUGGAUUUUCAUCGAUAAGUCAAAGAAGGGACAACCCCCAUUGCCACCAGGGCCUAAAGCUUUGCCUUUAGUAGGUAAUCUCCUCUCUCUUGAUCCUGAACUCCACACCUAUUUUGCAUCUCUUUCCCAAGCGUAUGGCCCUAUUUGUAGACUCUGGCUUGGUAAAAAAGUUGGGAUUAUUAUUACUUCUCCUGCUUUAGCUCGUGAGGUGCUUAAGGAACAAGAUACUAUUUUUGCUAACAGAGAUGUGCCUGCUGCUGCUAGAGAAUUUUCAUAUGGUGGUAAGGACAUAGUUUGGACUCCUUAUGGACCAAAAUGGCGCAUGUUGAGGAAGGUUUCUGUUCGUGAAAUGCUUAAUGGUUCUACUUUAGACUACGUUUAUGCACUAAGGCGACGGGAGCUUAGACAGACGGUUAAUUACUUAUAUAAUCAGGCGGGUUCACCGGUGAGUAUCGGUGAGCAGAUGUUCUUGAAUGUUCUUAAUGUGAUCACGAGCAUGUUAUGGGGUGACACAGUGAAGGGUGAGGAAAGAGCUAGUCUUGGUGCAGAGUUUAGGCUUGUUGUGACUAGUAUAACUGAGCUGCUAGGUACUCCGGAUGUUUCGGAUUUUUAUCCGGGCUUGGCCAGGUUUGAUUUGCAAGGUGUAACAAAGAAGAUGAAGGUGUUGGCAAAGCGGUUUGACAAGAUAUUUGAGACCAUUAUUGAUCAAAGACGGAAAACGGAUAGAGAUGGUGGGAUGAGAAGUGGUGUUGGCCAAGAAAGCAAGGAUUUUUUGCAGGUUUUGCUGAAGUUGAAAGAUGAUGCCGAUGCUAAAAUACCUCUGACCAUGUCUGAACUCAAAGCCUUGCUCAUGGAUAUGGUUGUUGGUGGAACUGACACAACCUCCAACACGGUUGAGUUUGCCAUGGCUGAAAUUAUGAACAAUCAAAAGGUCCUGAGGAAACUACAACAGGAACUGGAGACAGUUGUGGGAAAAGAUAACAUAGUGGAAGAGUCUCAUAUUCAGCACUUACCAUAUCUCUAUGCAGUUAUGAAAGAAGUCUUGCGCAUACAUCCAGUACUCCCACUAUUGGUGCCACAUUGUCCUAGUGAGACAGUCACUGUGGGAGGAUACACCGUUCCUAAAGGAUCUCGUGUUUUCAUAAAUGUAUGGGCUAUACAGAGAGAUCCCUCUAUAUGGGAAAAUCCGACUGAGUUCUAUCCGGAAAGAUUUUUGGACAAUAAAUUGGAUUAUAGUGGAAACGAUUUCAACUUUAUUCCAUUUAGUUCUGGAAGAAGAAUGUGUGCGGGAAUAGCCAUGGCAGAGAGGAUGUUCAUGUAUUCACUGGCUUCACUUAUUCACUCUUUCGACUGGAAGUUGCCCGAAGGAGAGAUAGUAGACCUUACGGAGAAGUUUGGUAUUGUUUUGAAGAAGAAAAUUCCUCUGGUGGCUAUACCUACUCCAAGAUUAUCCAGUCCAACACUCUAUGAGUAAGAUAAAAUAUGUUGCUUUAUCCUGGCAAUAAUCUUAUGAACAACUCAAAGCGUAGACACGAAAAAUCAGAAUGUUCAACUGUUCCAUCUGAAAUGGCUAAUGGCCGUGAGUCCUUAACUAUUGUAUACUGUACCAAGUUUGAAAUAAUAAUACGUGUGUUACUUCAUCA